CGGUGGGAGGAGGGAGGGAGUCCGUGGGCGCUGCCGCCGCCGCCGCCAUUUUGUCGCGGCCGUUUCAGCGCGGCGGGAGCGGGCGGAGGGCGCCGGAGACAGCCCCGUACCCCGCGCUCAGCCGCCAGCCCGCCCCACCGGAGAUCUGGCGACCGUCUGCUUCGAUUCUCUUGAUCUGAAGAUGGCUGCACAGUCAGCACCGAAGGUUGUGCUAAAGAGCACCACCAAGAUGUCUCUGAACGAGCGCUUCACUAACAUGCUGAAGAACAAACAGCCGAUGCCAGUCAACAUUCGAGCCACCAUGCAGCAGCAGCAGCAGCUGGCCAGUGCCAGAAACAGAAGACUGGCCCAGCAGAUGGAGAACAGACCUUCUGUGCAGGCUGCUCUCAAGCUCAAGCAGAAGAGCUUGAAGCAGCGCCUCGGGAAGAGCAACAUCCAGGCCCGGCUGGGCCGGCCCGCGGGGGCCCUGGUCCGUGGAGCCAUGGGGGGCAGGGGCCUGCCCAUGGGGCAGAGAGGCCUGCCCCGAGGAGCCAUGCGUGGAGCCCGGGGGGCCAGAGCUCUGCUGAGAGGAGGACUCCCGCUCAGAGGUCAGAGCCUGCUGCGCGGCGGCCGAGGCUUGUCCCCGAGGAUGGGCCUGAGGAGAGGUGGCCUCCGAGGACGUGGUGGCCCUGGAAGAGGUGGCCUGGGCAGAGGAGCCAUGGGGCGUGGAGGGCUUGGAGGCAGAGGGCGCGGCAUGGCCGGCCGGGGCCGAGGCUUCGGAGGGCGCGGCAGAGGCCGGGGCAGAGGCAGGGGCUCGGCACGGCCUGCCCUGACCAAGGAGCAGCUGGACAACCAGCUGGAUGCCUACAUGUCCAAGACCAAAGGGCACCUGGACGCCGAGCUGGAUGCUUACAUGGCUCAGACAGACCCAGAGAGCAACGACUGAGGCUGGAGGCGCCAGAGACUUGCUGCUGAGCCGAGGGUGUGGCAGCGCUGCCCAGAAGCCACAAACGCAGCCCCCAGAGGGACCCGCAGGGACCGGGCACGGCCCUGGCCUACCACACCCGGCCUGUAGUCUGUUCCUCCCGAGUUUUGAUACUCUCCUGUCC